AUGCAAAAAGAAAAUAAAAAAUCUCCAAUGAAGGAGAAAAUACCGAAGCUUCACUGUACGUCGACCGAAUAUCCCCGGAAAAUGGCGUCAGAUCGCGGGGAACUCAGCCGGCUUACAGUCAUCAGAACCAAGAAUGCUCGCCGGAGAAGGUUGAAGUAUACAUGUGAGACGAUGAAGAAUAUAAUCAUCACGGAGAACAAAAACAACGGCGAUAAAGACGAUGAUGAUCAUCUUCAUGGAUCAAAACCAAGCAACGGUUUAAUAGAAAUAUCGCUUUCAUUGUCUUCUUCUCCGUCCAAGGUUGAAGCUUUAGCGUGCAGGCCGUCUCAUGGGUCACUGUCGGUCAUUGGUCGGAGAUGCGAAAUGGAAGAUGCGGUGAAAGUGGAGUUAGGAUUCAUGGACAAAGGAGGGGAAAAGCUCGAUUUUUAUGGAGUUUACGACGGGCACGGGGGGUUCAGGGUGGCGGAGGAGUGUAAAGAAAGGCUGCAUAAACUCUUGGCGGAGGAAAUGGUGGAGGAUAACGAGAAAGGGAGUGGGAUUGAUUGGGGAACAACGAUGGAGAGAUGCUUUGAGAAGAUGGAUGAAGAGGUGAAUAAAGGGAGGCAGGCGGAGGAGAUGGUGGGGUCAACGGCGGUUGUGGCGGUGGUUGGUGACGGGAGGUUGGUAGUGGCGAAUUGCGGCGAUUCCAGAGCUGUUUUGUCCAGGGGCGGCGUUGCUACGGCCUUGUCUUUUGAUCACAAGCCUGACAGAGCUGAUGAGUUGGAGAGAGUUGAAUCUGCUGGUGGAAGAGUUAUAAAUUGGAAUGGAUAUCGAGUACUUGGGGUACUCGCAACUUCAAGAUCCAUAGGUGAUCAGUACCUUAAACCGUUCGUGAUAUGCAGGCCGGAAGUAACCGUGCAUGAGCUAACGAAUCGUGACGAGUUCCUCAUACUCGCUACCGACGGACUAUGGGAUGUCGUAUCGAAUGAGGUUGCCUGUCGAGUAAUGAGGCACUGUCUCAACGGUCAAAUAAGGAACAAAUCAUCGGCCAACGUCGCGGAUCGAAAUUGUGCCGCUGAAGCAACCGCGGUGUUGGUCGAGCUUGCAAUAUCUCGGGGUAGCAGGGACAACAUUAGUGUGGUCGUGGUCCAGUUGAGAAAAACAUAGCACACUGCCUCUUGUUUCUUAUUCGUCCUGUUAUCAUAGAUCGACU